AUGAUACAAGAGCAAUCUAACCAAACUACAGAAACAUUAUCAACUACUACUAGCAUAUCGUAUCCUAGUAUACAGCCAGAACAAAAAUCCAUUUCAUCAAAUUCUAUUAUAAAGCCUAAAGUCCAAUCUACACUUAGAGUUAUACGACCCCUAGACAAACAAACAGAAGAAAAAUAUAAAAAUGUUAUAGCAACAUGGGUGUGUAUGGAUAUGCAACCUUAUAGGUCUGUUGAGAAGCCAGGUUUUAAACAACUUAUGAAUACUUUAUGUCCAAAUUUUAAGAUACCAAGUCGGAAGUAUUUCUCAGAUCAUAAAAUACCUCAAAUGUAUGAUGAGAUAAGGCUUAUAAUACAAACUAAACUUUCUUCAGGACAAUUCAUAGCACUUACAAUAGACUGCUGGAUAUCUAACAAUGGACAUCCUUUUAUUGGUUUGACAGCUCAUGCAAUUUCUAACGAGUGGAAAUUAGAAACUUUUUGUUUAGACUGUACUUCAUUAGAUAUUGACCACACAGCUCAGAAUCUUCAACGAUCUAUUAAAGAGAUAUUAUAUGAGUGGAAAAUAGACAAUGAAAAAAUUAUAGCAAUUACAACAGAUUGUAGUGCAAAUAUUUUAAGAGCAGUCAGCUUAAUGAAUUUUAACCAUGUUGCUUGCUUUGGUCAUGCGUUAAACACCGGAGUGACUCGUGCAUUUAAUAUUCAACCUGUCAAAAUUUGCAUUACAAAUGCAACAAGAAUACGUUCAAUUUUCCACUAUAGUAAUAAAAUGAAGAGAUCAUUGUUAGAAGCACAAAAUCAGUUGAAUCUUCCCAAAUUGGUAGCACCAUCAUCAUCAGAAACUAGAUGGUGGAGUGUUAUGCCUUGUCUUUAUUUUGUCAAGACUCAAUAUUCAGCUCUCUUACAAAUUUUUACUACACCAAAGCAUUAUAAUUUAUUACCUACUCGUAAUCAAAUGAAGCUUAUAAACCGUUUGCUAAAAAUAAUUGAACCAUUGAAACUGUUAGGUGAAUCAAUGGCAUCUGAAAAGAACAUUACAAUUUCAGAUUUAUGRCCAAUAUAUCAAAAGUUGAAUUUAAUGUAUAAGCCAUUUAGUGAAAGAAAUGAUGUUGAUUGUAAUAAUCUCAUUGAUAAUGAAUACUCGGUUCCAUUAUUUCCAAAUAGUGAUGAAAAUGACUAUACAGAAAUAUUCACACAGUCAAGCAAUCAAAAUGAUUCAGGUGAUGAAGAUGAUGAAGAAGAAACUUCAGAAACAAAUUCAUUAUCUCAAGCUCUUAAACAUGUUGAACAAUUAGUUGUUUCAGAAGUUUUAGAAACAUUGUCUAAAAGAUAUUCUGGUAACGAACAUACCAUGCAAUUAUUACAAAAAGCUUCAUUUUUAGAUCCUCGACACAGAAACAAAUAUCUUGGAGAUGAAAACCAAAUAUGUAUAGCUGCAUUUCUAGACAACCCAACUUCUUUAUCAAUGGAACACGAAGUUUCAACUAAGGAAUCUAAUGAAGGAAGUAUUAUCAGAGAAAUACAGGGAUACUUGCAGAUGCCUGUUGUGUGUUUGUCUGCAAAUCCAACAGAUUGGUGGAGAAAAUUUGGUGCAGAAUUCUCUAAACUUGAAAAAUUGGCARAAAAAUAUUUAUGCAUACCUGGAACUAGCGUACCUUGUAAAAGGCUUUUUAGUACUGGUGGUAAUAUUUGUACAGAUAAUCGUGCAUCGCUCGCUCCAGGUCAUGCUGAACAAUUGAUUUUUCUUUCAAAAAAUGCACAGUUUUUUUAA